GAGUUUUUAAUUCUUCUUGCAGAAUUGCAAAAAAUAUGUCCUAGAAAUUUAGAAAACAUUAAAUUUAUUGAUGGAAAAGCAGAAAUUACAAGAAACUUCACAAAUCUUAGUCAAAAAAAUUUAAGAAAUAAAAAAUUUCAAUCUUUUAAUGAAUCUGUUGAUAUUCCUACAGACUCAAAUGCUAGCAUUACUAUUAAAUAUGAAAUUAAACAACACACACCUGCUGGUCAAAAGCUACAAAUGCAGCCACCAACACCUUUAAUGUUCAGUGAAAUGAGCAUUGAAGACCCUGAUAAAAUUUGGGAAAGUGUAAAUUCGAAACUUCAUUCUGUUUUUGGAUAUGGUGAAAAGUUAGAGAGUCAGAACGAAGAUGAUAAAAGAUAUUGUUUGUUAUUAUUAUCAGUAUUGCAAAAUUGGGCAUUUGCUGAUAAAUAUCCUGUGGAUUUAUGGUUAAAGAAAGCUGCAAACACUUUUGGUAAAGAGUUGAAACAAUUAAGAAAUUUUAAUGAAGUUCAAAAACCUUCAAUUGCCGAUGCAUUACUUUCUUCAGAUGUAGAAGUAUCUCAUUCAACAAAUCAAUUGGUAAUAAGUGAAAAUAAUAAUAGUAUUGAAUUUGGUGAUGAUAUAAAUUCAAUAACGAUGGGUAUUAAUCAAUGGAAAAAAAAAGAUGCAUUUUUAAAUAAAAUCGAAAAAAGUCUCAUUCUAGGAAAAUUGAAUCAUUUUUUUAAUCUAACGAAAGCAUAUGCAGCACUUCAAAAGUUAGUUAUACAAGAUCCACCAAGAGGAAAUAAAAGUAAAACAAUUAAGUAUAAAAUAGCAAAUAGUAUUCUAUUAGGUGAAAAAUCAACCUCAAAAAAUUUUUUUAAAAAAAUGAGUUUGAUAGUACUUCAGCAAUUUUAUAAACGAAUUAGAAGAAAUGAAAAUGCAAGGUUUAUAGUUGAUAAUGCAGAUGGUUCAGAUGAUUCGGAUGAUUCAGAUGAUAACA